AUGUUAAUCUCUGCAGGAAGUCUGAACCAGCAACACUGGGUAAAGAGGUACCACUCCUGCAAUGGUGCCAGGCAGUCACCCAUCAACAUUGAUGAGAGCUUCACCCAGGUUCAAGUGCAGUACCAGGACUUGCAACUAGAGCACUGGGAUCAGCUCAUGUCAGAUGCUACGAUCACCAAUGAUGGAAAAACAGUGGUUAUCAGUGUGAAUGGGCAGUACUACAUUAGUGGAGGAGGACUCGGGUCACAGUUCAAAGUAGCCAAGAUCACGUUCCACUGGGGCCGCUGCAAUGCCUCAUCAGAUGGUUCAGAGCACAGCAUUAAUGGUUACAAGUUUCCUCUAGAGAUGCAGAUUUACUGUUAUGAGGAAAAUGAGUUUGAAUCUAUAGAUGAUGCUCUGAGGGGUAAUGGCAGAAUCACUGCACUGUCCAUACUGUUUGAGGAGAGCGCUGAUGAUAAUGAGAACUAUGCUGCCUUAAUUGAUGGGGUCAGUGCCGUCAGUCGUUAUGGUAAAAGUAGUAUGCUUGAUGCCUUUCCUCUGCUUGGUCUACUGCCUGAGUCAACAGCAAAAUAUUUCAUCUACAAUGGCUCCCUCACCACGCCACCCUGCACAGAGACAGUGAAAUGGAUUGUGUUCAGAGACAGAGUGCCAAUUUCUGAACCGCAGCUGGAGGUGUUCUGUGAGGUGAUGACCAUGCAACAGGCUGGAUAUGUGAUGCUGACAGAUUACCUACAAAACAACUACAGGGAGCAAGGGCAGCACUUUCUGGGACAGGUUUUCUCAUCAUACACUGGCACAGAGGAAGUCCUUGUUCCUGUGUGCAGCUCAGAACCAGAUAAUGUUCAGGCAGAUCCGCAGAACUACACCAGUAUAAUGGUGACAUGGGAAAGGCCACGUGCUGUCUAUGAAACCAGCAUUGAGAGAUAUUCUGUCACCUAUCAGAGUCUACAGGGCAAAAAUGCUCAGAAACGACAGUACCUGACAGAUGGGGAUCAAGAUGUGGGAGCUAUUAUUCACAAGCUGCUGCCCAAUAACAGCUAUGUUGUCCAGGUGGUGGCGCUGUGCACCAAUGGCCUGACUGGUCGCAUGAGUGACCAAGUUAUAGUAGACAUGCCUCUGGAAGACCCUGAAAAUGAUCCUGAUCCUUCUGUUGAUUCGACACAAUUAGAAGAAUAUACUGAGAACUUCCAGACCUUUUUAUCUUCAAGUAGAACAACCAGCAAACCCAGGGUUUUGUCUGGCCAUACGUCUUCCUCCAAGAGCUCCAUAGACUACACCACCUCCACCACUCACCCAACUAUUAAGGCAACCACAUCAUCUGAGCAACAGUGGAUCAUAGUGGAAUCUCCAUCCUUUUCACCUGACCAGGCAAGAAGCCAUGAUAAGCAACCUAGCAGCCACAUUUUGCCUGACGAAGAAGAUAUUAUGUUUGUAACUGAUGUUCAUGACAAGGGCCUGGAAUCUAGGACAACAGUGUCCAGCCCAGACCAUGAGCAGCUCAGUCUACCCACUCUCAUAACCAGAGGUGUUCUGGAUCAGGACAAUGGGCAAGUGUGGAUGAGCAAACCAAGCAUCACUUCAGUGACCUCAGCUCUGAAUGCUGACAGCAACACGAUAUAUGUCACCAAUAAUAUUUUGUCUAUCUCAGUGAAGAAUGAACCCACUCAACCAUUGUUUAAUGCCACCACUGGCAGGCAUCCUGGAGCUAUUGACCGAAUGCAAAUAGCCAGCCAACCUCCUCCGUCAGCUUCCGGAAACGCUGGUGAUGUUGUUAUGGGGAGUGGCCAACACACACUGCAAGAUGGCUCACUUCAGGUCUGCAUAGAUGAGCUGGCUGUUGGCAGGGAGCUGCUGUGCGAGGCAAGCAACAGCAGUCCACAGUCUCGUGUGGGAAUGGUGGGAGGGACAGAGAGAGAAGAGAGGACAGUGGUGCCGUUAGCAGUGGUAUCUACCCUUACUGCAGUAUGUCUGCUGGUGCUGAUCAGCAUUCUCAUCUAUUGGAGGAAAUGCUUUCAAGCAACACAUCUUUAUGCAGAGGACAAAGCAUCUCCCAGAGUCAUAACAGCUCCAUCAACACCUCUGCUCCUUAAUACCGAAGAACAUGAAGCCAUUCCAGUGAAUGAAUUUGUGAAGCACGUCUCCAACCUUCACUCCAACAACACAUUCUCAAAGGAGUUUGAGAGCUUGAAAGAGUCUUAUGAGGAAAUUCAGUCCUGCACUGUGGACAUGGGUAUUACAACAGACAGUUCAAAUCACCCAGACAACAAGUGCAAGAAUAGAUACAUCAACAUCCUGGCCUAUGAUCACAGUCGAGUCAAGCUAAAUCAUAAUGCAGAGAAAGAUGGAAAGACUGGAGACUAUAUAAAUGCCAGUUAUGUGGAUGGCUACAAACAUCCAAAAGCUUACAUAGCAGCCCAGGGUCCACUGAAGACAAGCCUGGAAGACUUCUGGAGGAUGGUGUGGGAGCAAAAAGUUAGCAUCAUCAUCAUGAUAACCAACCUGUUGGAGAAGGGUCGGAGAAAAUGUGACCAGUACUGGCCAAAGGAAAGCCAAGAAGAAUAUGGGAGUUUUCUUGUCACACUGAAAAGUACCAUAACGCUGGCUUACUAUACCAAGAGGACCUUCACUCUGAGAAACAUCAACAACAAAAAGGGCUCUCUGAAGAGUCGCGGUCAAGAGAGAACCAUUGAUCAGUACCAUUAUACUCAGUGGCCAGACAUGGGCGUUCCUGAGUACACACUUCCAGUGCUCAAAUUUGUACAGAAGUCAUCUGAGAGACAAAGUGCUGACUCGGGCCCUGUUGUGGUACACUGCAGUGCUGGAGUGGGAAGAACAGGAACUUACAUUGUGAUAGACAGCAUGCUGAAGCAGAUAAAGGCUGAGGGGACAGUGAACAUCAUGGGUUUCCUGAAGCACAUCCGCACCCAGAGGAACUAUCUGGUGCAGACUGAGGAACAAUAUGUUUUCAUUCACAAUGUGUUAGUAGAGGCCAUCAGGAGUAAAGUGACACAAGUAUCAGCCAGCCACAUUCAUGCUUACGUCUCUGAUCUUCUCACUCCUGGACCAACAGGCAAGACUCCUCUAGAGAAACAGUUUAAGAUGAUCAGCCAGAAGUGUGAAAAUCAGGAUGACUAUGUGACAGCACUGAAAGAGUGCAACAUGCCAAGGAACAGGACUUCUGCCCUCAUGCCUGUGGAAAGAUCCAGAGUAAGUCUGGCUUCGACUGGUGCAGAUUCUUCAGAUUACAUUAAUGCUUCUUAUGUCAUGGGUUACCAUCAAAGCUGUGAAUUCAUCAUCACACAGCGACCCCUGACCAACACCAUACAAGACUUUUGGAGGAUGAUCUGGGACCAUAAUGCUCAGAUUAUCAUUUCUCUGCCAGAUACACAGAGCCCGAGCAAGGAGGAGGAGUGUGUUUACUGGCCAACUAAAGAGCAGCCCAUCAGCUGUGAGACCUUUACAGUGACACUGGCAGGGGAGGAUCAGAUUUGCCUACCUUAUGAAGAGUCUCUGUUGGUGCAUGACUUUAUUUUGGAAGCUUUAAAAGAUGACUAUGUGUUGGAGGUUCGCUGUUACCAGGCUCCACAUUGGCCCAAUCCAGACAGACCCAUCAGUAAUGCCUUUGAGCUCAUUAACAUCAUCAGGGAAGAGGGUGCACGUCGGGAAGGCACUAUUGUGGUCCAUGAUGAGUAUGGAGGCUCCAGUGCUGGGAUACUGUGUUCCCUGAUCACUCUGAUUAAUCAGCUAGAGGAGGAGAACCUGGUCGAUGUCUAUCUGAUAGCAAGGAUGACCAACCUGAUGAGACCAGGAGUAUUUAGUAAUAUUGAGCAGUAUCAGUUUCUUUACAAAGCUAUAUUAAGUUUGGUGAGCACCAAGGAAGAUGAGAAAACACUUAAUUCCACAGAGAACAACGGCAACAUCCCGACUGGCUCAGCAAAUGUCACAGAAAGUCUCGAGUCUCUUAUGGAAUGUAAAUAA